AUGGAUUCUACGCCUAUUCGAUACACAUCCACAAGUUAUUUGCCUAACACAAAAUAUCAAAUUAGUAAAAUGCUCACACACUUUUUUAUUUUACAAAAAGUUUUACCUCGACGUAUUCAACAAAAGUAUUUUGAUUUGAUUCGCCGGAAAUUAUUGGAACAAAUUAACUUUAUCAAGUCACGUGCUUCUAAAAGAACUUUGAAGAACUCCAUUACCCGCACUUUCUUCUCGUUUUCUUAUAAGCGCUAUCGCUUCCACUUUGGCAUUUACAUUCCUUGUGAACAUGCUUGCGCACCUGGUUCAUUAAACCCUUUCACCUGGUGUCAUAGCCCGAGCCCUUUCGUCAUGUCUUUAAAUAGACGUGCUUGUGGUACUCAUCAAUCUGAAUUCUCGAGAACAGAAAUCAACCACCAUCUGAAACCUGUGCCUGAUUCAGACCCAGGAUUUAUAAAUUCAAAAUCUUCACACGCAAAUCAUGUAUAUGAUCUUUGGCAACAUCGAUGGAAAAAUGAUAUUUUUUCCAAUCGUCUUGGUAUUCGAUACAAUGUAUGUUAUGCAGCCAACAGUAGUAAUUUCGUGCGAAAGCACCCAGGCGCCUACAUUUAUAGGAAACACCUUUCGAAUUUCAGCUUCGACCUCAGCAGUAACCCUGUAACGAAACGCAAACAGGAAACCCGCUUUAAGAGACAUUGUGCACGGGUGUUUAAAAAUAUUAACCCUACAUCCCGCACUAUGAAAGAAGAUAAACUCGCAGCAGGGAGACGUUUUCGCUUCCUAUUCCAUGAAUCUCAACACAUUUACUCACCUCUUCACCACCUGAAAUUCAAACGUUUUUCAAUAGGAAAAUUUUUACCUGAUCCCGAUGACUAUACAUUUAACAUACCUUACCAUUCGCUGAAGAAUUCCAGUAUUACGCCUAUAGUUGGUUCACAACCUUCGACAUCAUAUAGGCCUUCUGGUGCCAAUACAAUCCCCCAUUAUUUGAAUGCUGAAGAAAUUGCGGUGCUCGGUGGCUCUUUAGAACCACUUAAACGUACUCCUGUUUAUUACGGUUAUAACCCCGUAGACCCGUCAAAAGUGGACAGUAGUUAUCACUUACAAUACAACCCUAUUCAACCCGAUUUACCUCCCAGUAUCGAAAUACGUCAAUCUAAUCCUUUAGAUUACGAUUCAUCCACCGCUAACGCUAUAGGUACUACACUCAAACAUUAUUAUCGUCGAGCAAUGUUGACUCGACAAAUUACGGUCUGGACUAAAGACUACCAUAAGUAUAUGAAACAACCUCCACCACCUCCAAAACCUUCCAAAAAGAAACAGCAUCACAAGUGGAAGAAAUGGAUGGAAAAGCAUCAAGAUUAUGAAGACUUUAUGAGCAAACCGUACGCUCCUCGGCCUUACUACCCGCCUGAUUACCAUACAGACCUUUUUGGUUCUCCUUCAUACACAUCAGAUGAAACUAAAACAGUGGAAUACCGACCUAACAAGAGGGAUACGUUGACCAAUUCUUCCGCUUCAUCACAAUGA